ACGAGCAACCUAGAUUACUUGUGUUUUCACUGUUAAACGAAGAGCUGCAAAAUGCCGAUUUGUGUUCUCUAUACGAAUAUGAAACGUUCCGAGUUGGACAAAAAUAUUGAAGAACGUAUGGCAAGAUGUAUUUCGGAAACUCUGGAUAAACCUUUAGAGAUUGUGUUUGUUAGUCUUUUUGCUGAAACACCAUCAUUUUGUGCAGGAUCACGUGAUCCAUCGAUGAUAUGUCAAAUACACUCCAAGAAAGUGUUUGAUGAUCCGAACAAAGUGUCUGGGUACUACCCGAAGUUUUUCGAGACUUUGAAGGAAACGACCAAACUACCAGGAAACAGGAUCAUUGUCGAAUUGUUCAGCGUCCCUGAAACACAUGCAGAGAUUGGAAAUUGAGGUCAUGGACCUGAAUGCAGACAGUCAAAAUAAUCCGAAAAAUGAAGUUAAUGAAUAUCUUAUAUGAUUAAGUAUAAUUUUAUGAUCGGUACAUUACUCUAUCAUGUUAACUAAAGUGUUUAAAUGUAAACAAAAAGUAAAUACAACGCAACAGAACGACUUUUAUGCAGUAUGAACUGAAUCUACGACGUUGCGUGUUUGUGUUCUUUGUUUCAAAGGGAUCUUAUAAGAUUUUAUUAUUGAUAAAAGUAUUUACUUAUUUAAAUAAAGAAGUAUGUAACUUGUAAAA